AUGAAGUUGAAGCAAGUGGGAGGAGUGUCCUCUAUCUCAGUUUGUGCCCACAAUGGUCCCAAAUCCAAUUAUGAAAAUGGAAUAGAAAGGAAGAAUUUAUGGGGAAUCAGUUACAGGCAUAUUGAAGGGAAGUUGUGCACCAUCCACAUGGGAACCCACUCUUUGCUUACCAGGCAUAGCCAGGCAUUGUCACCCGUGAUUAGCCAUCUGAUAGAGAAAGCAAUUUGGUCACGCGAUCGCUCACUGUUCAAUGUUUGGCACAUUGCUGCCAUAUUGUUACUAUUACAGGCUAUAAGGACAGGUGAAUAA